AUGGGGUCAUCGGAUACUCUCCCGACGCUGGAGUCUCUCCAUUUCCCCUCCGCACAACAGUCCAUCUCGCAGACGCUGUCCUCGCUGCGUCGAUCGGCUCUCACUGUCUCGAACCGGCUCCAGUCCAUCGAGACGGAUGCUGCAUUCGUGCAGGAGGUUGCUGAUCACUAUGGCUUGCCUCUGGUUGCCAACGAGCGGUGCGGCAGCUGGUAUAUUUCCCCCGUGGACAAGGCGGGCAGCGCCUAUUUCAAAAGCACGGACGGCCACACGGGUCAAUGGGACUUUAGCUUUCGUAGGCUGAAUCUGCAGCUGCUUCCGCUGGCCAGGGAUCAUGGAGGCUGCGUAAUCGUGGAUUCGACCCGCCGAGGCAAAUUGAUGCCAGACGCUCUGUCAAAAACCAUUCCUAUUUGGUGCGCCGUCUUGAAUCGAGCCUUAUUCCCAUCCGAGACCGCGUAUCACGCAGUAAAACUUCCUCCAAAGUACCUGGGCGAAUCCGAGGAGUCGCAGAUCGCAAACCGCAUUGAUGGGUUUGUGAAGUCUCUCAAGGACCUCAAACUCGACCUCGACAGUCUGCGCCAGCAACUCGGCAAACCGAUUCAGAUCGCAUGGGCCAACCGGUCAUACUUCUACCCCACAGACCUGCACAGAAGCGAUGCCUAUAACCUGAUCAUCCUCUGCUCGGCCUCGAAGCGCGUGCACGGCGCCGAGAUGUCCGAGGGCGGCUACAUCCAAGGCGCGGGCGACGACAGCGAGGGCUGGGCGCACGGGCUGACGCCGCCGGUGUUCUGGGCCAACCAGGCUAUUCUGAAGAGGACGUCCGAAGAAGAGCUGCCGGAUCUCAUUGCAGAACUGAUAUCUGAGCACCAACACCACAGCAGCGGCCAAGAGGCGACGCUCAUUGCUCCGACGCGCAAUCUCUAUAUUAGUGCGACGGAUGCCCGCGUCAACGAGAGCGGCUCGUAUGAUCUUGUCAUCGAUUGCAAUGGCAGUCCUGCGGCUGUUGGAGGGAAUGCGAAGCGUCUCAAUCUGGGUUGUUCGGCGGCGAAGCUGGGGAGUCGGGAUCUACGGAAAUCGCUAAAUAAGGUGCGGGACUUUGUCGGCGCGCAAUUGGGGUUUGAUUCCUCGCGCUCGUUGCUGGUGACUUGUGACACGGGCAAAGACCUUGCGGCCGGAGCACUGCUGGCGAUCUUGUGUUUGUUCUAUAAUGACGAAGGUAAGGCAUUGCACCCCCCCCCCCCCCCCCCCUGGAUAUCAUGGUAUCAUGGAAAUGGAUUCAACCGCUAUGAGGAACAGAAUGGGAGGAGCUUCGAUGCCUCGCUCAGCAAGCGCAUAAUCGGCAAGCAAUUCAUCCGGCAGCGUCUCGCCUGGAUUGUGUCCUCCAAGCAUGACGUGAAUCCGUCACGCUCGACACUCCAGUCCAUCAACGCCUUUCUGAUGCAGCCGCCGGAUUAUUGA